AUGUUCUUCGCCGCGGCCGCCCCUGCCUGGGGCCUGAAGAGAGUGUCCGAAUCCAGCUCAGGCUCAGACGGGCCAGCUCGCAAGGUGCAGGUCCAAGAGUUGCUCGCCAAAGGAGAGGACGUCUACACAGUAAAGAAGCUGCGCGUCGUUCUCGCAAAGCUCAGUUUGACGAACGCGGCCGAAAUCAGGGAAAUCACAGGCAUGUCGUGGAAUACGGUGCUCGUCGACGCAAAGUCGCACAUCGCAGUCGAGAUGAUGGCCCAAGGCAAGUCCAACCACGAGGCCACCAAGACGGCAAAGGGAGACCCUGCCGCUCAAGGGCGCCUUGGGCCGCAGUACGUACACAUACUGGCAGGCUUCAUGUUGGGCUUGUCGAUGACCCAGAUAGAGCCCGAGCAGGGCCUGACGGAGUUCUGGACGAAGGGGGCGGCGGCGGAGGGCAAGACGCCAGUCGACCUGCUGGGCGAAGCAACGCACUGCAAGUGCAAAGCAGCCAAUGUCAAGGAUGGCAAACCAGGCCAGGCGAAAGUCACGACUGCGAUGGGCACGGAGUUCGUCACGGUGCAAGCCGCGAUCACGGCGGCGCCGGCGCAGAGCGGUGGCGACCUCCUCGAGGUGCUCGAGGGUACGUCGACGGGCAGCAAAAAGUAG